AUGUCUUGUUGUUUAUACCAGAUAUACUCUCUGGGGUCUGGCAACCGACAAUUGUAUCAAGAUGCUGAUCGAUCUCGAGGCACUCUGAUUGGCGGUUUGCGUGGGAUGGGGCUCCUCAAAUCCCAGAUAUCAAUUGAUCCGGAGAGUGCGCCAUUCAAACUGAAUCCUCAUAGCGACCCUCUGGAAGUCGAAAAUGAGUGGCUUCGAUGGCGAGAUCAAGAACAAGAGAGGCGGGUGGUAUGGGCUUCAUUUGAAUAUGACUGCAGCCUGUCUACCCUCACCGGAUGUCGGGCCGCGGUCGACUUGGCUGAGUUACCUAGAGCUCUCCCGUGCGCUGAGGAUCUAUGGCGUGCACCCUCGGGGCAAACUUGGAGAUCGCUGGCAUCACAUCUGGGCCCAUCUGCUUUUGGCAUUCCUGUUACCGCAACGUUGGAACCGAUCAUGUCAGGGUCGAAGGCUUUGCCUAGUGGCCUUUCUUCAUGGGGAAAGAGACUAUGCUGCCAGGUCAUUGGUCGGCUUCUAUGGGACCUCAAGCAGCUCGAGGUUAUAUCUCUGACCCGAGUACUCCGUCAGCCAUCGCUCUCAUUAGUACAGGAGCAAGCGAAGAAUGGGCUUUUAAAAGGAUUCGACAAUAUCUCCAACGAGAUUAAACUCCCGACUAGCCCGGUCGAGGUUAUUGAUUAUAAGUAA